UUAAAGCUUGUUUCUAUUUUCUUUACUGUUGUCUGCAGGGAUACUGCUCAUACUGUGAAGGAGCGCUUUGGAAAGAAACUCUAUGAGUCACUACUAGUCGGGCAGCUGCCAGAUGUGUCAAAGAUGCUGGACAAAGAGGAUUUCACCAUCAUGAAGCGUGCCAUCUUUGCCACUCAGAGGCAGAGCCAGCCUCCGGUCUGCACCCACAACAUGCUGGAGGACAGCAGCGACCCCAUCCUUAACAGUGUCCGCCGCAUCGGCCUUUUCAACAGCUCUGCUGACUGAGUCAAGAUUAUCUUCCAUCCAGAGUUCCUCUCAUCUACCUCCCCUCUGCUUCCCAUGGACUAUGAGGAGUUCGUCAGAGGUUGCCACCUUGGUGUCUUCCCUUCUUACUAUGACCCUUGGGGCUACACACCAGCUGAGUGCACAGUCAUGGGGAUUCUUUCCAUCUCAACAAAUCUGUCAGGUUUUGGAUGUUUUAUGGAGGAACACAUAGCAGACCCUACAUCGUAUGGUAUUUACAUUCUCGACCGUCGGUACAAGGGGGUUGACGAGUCGUGUAACCAGCUCACUUCCUUCCUGUUCCAGUUCUGCAAGCAGAGCCGGCGCCARCGGAUCAUCCAGAGGAAUCGCACUGAGCGCCUGAGUGACCUCCUGGACUGGAGAUACCUUGGCAGGUUUUACGUAGCGGCUCGUCACAUGGCCCUUGCUAAAGCUUUCCCCGACACCUAUGUGUAUGAACCCGAAGAGACCGCCUCAACUGCAGGUUUCCGUUACCCCCGACCCGCCUCCGUACCUCCGUCCCCGGCCCUGUCCCGCCACUCCUCGCCGCACCACAGUGAGGCUGAAGACAACGAGGAGGACGAGCGCUACGACGAGGAGCUGGAGGCGGAGAAGAACCGAGUGAACAUCCGUCAGCCCUACACCGUGCCGACUAAAAACAAAGUCUCUGCUCUCCUGGGAGCCAACGGGAACGAAGAGGAGCUGCCGAGUGAGAAAAACUGAGCGAGACGUAGAAACAUACGUGCAUAAAGAUCCAUCCGAUCAGGCUGAACCUCACUAGUGAAACUUUUAUUUGUUGCAAUCAUUAGUACAUCCUUGCACUACAAACAUCAUACUUGAGUGCAGCUGUGUUUAGUGGGUGUGAUGAAUUUAGUUGUGGCUUUUUGUGGGGGGGAAAAACACAUCACUGUUAGUGUCUUCCCAACCAGUUUGUACCUCAGAACUUUAAAAACUAUCAGCCCGUUUCAUAGGUUUUAUUUUCAAUAUUACACCAGCAAUGCAGCCAGUGGGUAGAAUAAAUGCAAAAAAUAAUAGUAUUGCUGGAUUUAGUAGUGUACUAACACUGGAUAAUGUARAUCUAAAGCAUAGAGAAAAUAGAUUUAAUGUUUAGCCGCUAGAGAAGAGUUUUAUACUUGAUUCAAACACGAGUCAGAGCAGGGAAAACGACAGAACCCUCCUUCAUUUUACCAGUUUGUCAUUUUUUUUACAUUCAAAGCAGAACUGUUCACGUUGUUGUAGCUUUAUUUCAAACGCUUUGUUUACUCAAAUUCCCCAAAAAUGAAACAAGAUGCACAAAAACGAUUAGCUUGGGAAAGUCUUGGUGUCACUUUGAGAAAGUUUUUUUUUCCUCUUUUUGUUUUUUCGCCUUAUUGCAUCAGUUUUUCAGCGCUGACCACACUUAACUGUGCGCACACGUGUGGUCCUCCGUUUCCCACUAUCAGGAAGUAUUUAUUCGUAGAGAGAGGAAGAUGUAAGUGUGUGAGAGAACGAGAAGGGAAAACAUUUCAUAUGUGUAGCAUUUUCCUCCUUUAAUUAAUAAUUUCUGAUUAGAUGUAACCGAUUCUAUGACUGCUUAAAGGAAGAAAUCAAAUCCACUGUAA